GUCACACAGGGGUUGAAUCUCAUGUAAGGUUUGGUGCUAAUGGUUGUACAGUACACAGCACUGAAAGGACUCUGCAUGAGCACAAAGGCUCAUCAAUGGAAUUUGCUUGUGGAUUUGUUUAUGUGCCGCCCGUACAGAACCAGAGGGAUGGCCAAAAAACCGUCAGCAAUGUCAUUAAACGCUCAGCUCUUCUUCCUCCUAUUAAUCGGAUCCGUCCUCGAUCGCCUCCCCCUCCACCUCCGACCAGCUCUGCAGAAGUCAAAACAUGCAAAUCUGGGCCCUCAUCUCCCAAGUUCAUCGAACACUUGGGAAAAAACAAAGAGGUGAAGAAGGUUGUGAAGCCCACUCCUUUUUAUGAGAAUACGGAUUUUCACAGAAAAACAGGUGCAGCUUCUUCCAGUAGUGUCACACCUCCACAGUCAACACCCCCACGAAAGACAGCUCUUCUCCCUCCACACAUGAGACCUGCAGCCAACAGUCAGUCUCCUCCUUACAGUGAACCUCUAACGUCCUCCAACACCAACAACCACAUGUUUACCUACGACCUGCCUCAAAAUGAACCGGAUUUAACCGCUCAACCCUGGGACCCAAACUAUUCAUACAAUAUCCCAGAAGGCAGUGGGGGUGAGGUAAAGCUGCCAGCUGACACAGACAAUGGAGCACCAGCCCAGACAUCAGUCCCACCACUCCCUCCUAGACCUUCUUUCAUGAAGUCGAUGCCUGAGUAUUUGGUGCUGUUACCGUCGCCACGCUCAUGUUCCUCAAUAACUCAGAAAUCACCCUCGACCUGUCCACUUGCCCGACCACCGACCAGUUCUGUGGAUAACGGGCCGCUGCAGGGAAACCCCAACGUUGUCCUCAUCAGUUUAGGAAAACUCCUGUCAGACGAAAGAGUGCAGCCCAUGCAAGGAGAGCCCACCUGUUGCUCCCACUGUGGAGCUGUGUUGAACUCCUGUUAUGACAAUGUGAUAAAUGUGUGCUACUUCUGUCAGUCCUGGGACCAGACCAGUCCUCCCAGUUUACCACAGUGUCCUCCAGAGAGCCUGUUUUGUCUCCGUCCUGAUGAAGAGCCUCAGUUUGCUGCUGAUCCUCUGCUGCUCUUCUGUAUCGACACCUCAGGCUCCAUGAGCAUCACGUCCCAAGUGACUGAAGGAGAGUGUGUUGUCCACAGAUCCCGUCUGCAGUUUGUGCAGGAGGCAGUGUUACAGUGUGUCCACAGACUAAGUGAACAACAACCAAAUACUCGUGUGGGACUCAUCACCUUCAGUUACCAGGUCACACUGCAUGGAUAUGAAAACUUUAAAACACACUAUGUCAGUGGUGCAGAGUUAACCGACAGCGACUACCUCAAAGAGGUGGCGGCCAGCUUCCCCAGUCCACCUCCAGUCUCACAGACCAAGGACUACUUACAGAGACAAGUCAUGGGGCUGACUGAAAGUGGAACCACAGCUCUGGGUCCAGCUGCUCUUCUGACCAUUGCAAUGGCCUCCAGACACCCAGGUUCAAAGGUGAUUAUCUGUACAGAUGGAAAGGCCAACACAGAAUUAGGAAAUCUGGAAGUGGAGGAUAAUGAUGCUCGCACCCUCCUCUCAUCCACCAUCUUCUACCAGGAGCUUGGGCAAUAUGCUGCCAAUCAGGGUGUGACCGUGUCUGUGCUGUCAAUAGAGGGAACUGACUGCAGGCUGGAUGAGCUGGGGAGACUAGCUGAUCGCACUGGAGGGAAGGUGGUAAUAGCCAGUCCCUACAGGUUGCACCCAGAGUUUGAGCAGAUCAUUGAGAACAGGACCAUAGCUACACACUGCAUUGUGUCACUACUGCUGCCCAAGUCACUACAAAUGAGAGGCAAGAGGGAGGCUGGUCACAAAGGAACCAGGGAGGUGGGGAACGUGGACCUAGAUAAAGAAAUCACCUUCCAGUUUGGAGCCAAUGAACAUGAUGCAGAAGUGUCAGUGCCGUUUUCUGGAAGCCGUGUGUCUGUCCAGCUGCUGAUCAGAUACAGACACAGGAAUGGACGGACAAUGCUCAGAGUGAUAACAGCAGAGCGAGAUGUUACUGACGACAGCUCGGUGGCCCUGUUCAAUCUGUCUCUGGCCAUCAUUCAGCUCAACUCGUCACAGGCCAGCGCCGCUCUGGCUGUCAGAGGCCGCUUCCUGGACGCCAGGAGAGAAGGCGAGCUGCAGAGGAAGCUGAUCGAGAGAGCAAUAGAGCACAACCGCAAUGCAGAAGACAAACAGAUAUAUCAAGAAUGGAUUAAAACAAUGGAGCCAAUAUACAACAACAUACAUAACUACACCAGGAGAAAUUCUGUCAUUUCAGACUCACAGUCUCUAACAGAUGCUGGCGCAGCACUGCUCUACACCAUGAAGCACAGCAACAGGAAGUCCAUCUCACUGAAGGAUAAACACAAACUCUAGCCAAGUGUCUGCUUUUCCACCUUUUACCUCCUUGGAAGCAGCUCAAGUCAUGUAUGACAAGCAUAAAUAUACAGUUGUUGGACUGUGAUGACUUGGAUGAAACUGAACCUGACAAUUUCACAUUGACAAAGACAAAUUACUGUGCAUAAUAAGCUGAAAACAUCAUCUGGGUCACGAGAGAAGUGAUUUUUGGACUUGUAUGAACUCCUCCAGCAGUACUAAAAUCUGCUGAUGGAGUAUACAGGACAUAUGGGUGUGUAUUUGACACCAUCCCUGUGGCCUAGUUAGUGUUUUUGCAGUGACCAAAGCAUGCAGGAAAAGUCUGACUCAGAAACACCAUCACAGAGCUAACACACAGUACAUUUGUGUCAGCAGAAAAAAAACAAGAGCCAAUAAAAAGAAAAGAAGAGCAUUAUUGAACAUACGUUAAACACAUAAUAAGAAAGAAUGUAUCAGUGAAAACUCAGUGAAUUGUGACUAUAUCCUUUAUAUUCACUAAUAAAUAUAACUAAUGAAAAUUACACAAGUAGUGAGCAAUGGAGUAAAUCCAAAAUAAGAGAGAACACACAAUGAUCAUGCCUGAUAUGGAGGCCAAAGCAUAAAUGGACAUGCGUUUCUCUGGUGCAGCCCUGACAACACAAACAUGGAAUUCUCUGCAGAUGUGUGUGGGGCACUUAUAUGGGUUGUUAUUCAGUGCAGGCAGGUUCCAAAACAGAAGAACGUACACAAACCAGGCUUCAGCCAGAACCCGCAGAGCGAUGCUGAGCAGGUAGACGCUCACAGUGCCUCUGUCUCUGUGGAGAUCUAGAAAAGCCUUGCCACGAGUGUCUGUGGACACAACCUGGGCCU